AUGGGGUGCCCUCCAUUUUCACCUUCGUUUGCAGCGCCGUCGGAUUCGGAGACGGCAAAGCUGCAGGCGCAGCUGGAUGAGCUCAAGCAGCUGCAGGAGCAGCGCGAGUUUGAGCGCGAGACGUCGCGCUUCCAGCAGCUGCUGCAGAGCUUGCAAGGCGUGGGGCCCGAGAAACCUGCGUCGUCCGAGGCCACGAGCGAAGAGCCCGCGGAGCUGCGAGCUCUACGAUUGCAGCACGCGCAAGAGAUGCUGCGCAUCCAGCACGAGCGCAGCCUCAUCGAAGAGCACGAAAAGCUGCGCGCGGUGCGCGAAGGCGCCGAGCGGCGGCGCAAGGAAGCCGACGAGCAGCUCGAGCACGACGAGUGGGUCGCCAAGCAGAAGCGCAUGGUGCUCGCCCUCCGCAUGAAGAAGGUGCUGGCGACGGAGCAAGCGACGUCGACCGCCGCCGAGACCAGCGUUGUUUUGCCGUACGAUCCCGACCUCGGCUUUGUCAUCUUCUGGGACUUUGUGAGCUGCGUGCCACUCAACGUGCCGUGCUUGCAGUUGACCUACGCCUUGUACGACCAGACGACCGUUCGCUCCAAACACAAGCUUGUGCGCCCGCAUGAGUGCGAGCCCCACGGCCUCAGCCAUCAGCGCUGCGUGUUUGCGACACGCCGAGACUUUGAGCAGAUGCCCGCGAGUCCGCAUCUCCGUCUCCUCGUCGAGGUGGCCAUGGUGGCGUCGCCGACUGGGCCGCGCGCACGGGCGCCGGCCUCGCUCGGGUGGACGGCCAUCGAUAUCUUCUUGCCGUCGCUCAAGCUUCAAGAAGGCUGCUUCAAGCUCCCGCUCAGCUUUACGCCGCUACCGCAGGCGACCGCGCCAUGGGCACUGCCAUUGGGUGAAGACGACAAUUCCGCAAAGCUCUAUGUGCGCCUUGUGCACGCUGCGCAGGCCGAAGAAGCAUCCAAAUUUGCAGUCAACCCCGACACCAUGGCCGACAAGUACGCGUUGCCGCCCAACCAAGCGCUUCGAGCAGCACCCCAGUCGCCAGGGCCAGAACGUCCAGCCGAGAAGAACGCCGCACCGCCAAAGAAGCUUGCCGCCGUGCCCGAUACGAGCGUUUCUUCACCGCUGCCGAUGACACCCGAGGCAAAGCCAUCGCCAUCCAACGAGGUGUCGCGACCUGCUACGCUGAGCGAGCCCAAGGUGGCGCCCAAGAUGGAGCCCAAGGUGGAGCCCACAGUAGCGCCGCCAGAGGUCGCUUCCCCAAUGCCCACGUCUCGCCUCUACGCGCCUACAGCCGAGCUCGAAGACAGUGCAUUCUUGAACUGCGACAACGCGAGCCAGCGGCGCCGGCAGCUCUUCGCUCGCGGCGACGGCGUCAAUAUCUAUAUUGACGGCGCGCGGUCGCUGCCCGACUGCACCAGUGUUACGAAAGCGACGGUCUUUGCCUUCCACAGCGACAUGACGCUCUGCACGCCACUGGGCGAGACGACGGCGACAUGCAGCUUGCAAGACAAUGCGUUCACGCCAGCGUUCCGCCUUUUGCUCGAGUUUCGGGACGAGCGCUUCAACCCGACACUGACCAUAGUCGUGCGGCUCGACACGAUCGACGUGCACUCCAAGCGCCCGCUCGUGCUCGGCUACGUCGCCGUAUCUGUCUUCCUCGACGCAAAUGGCCAGCAGCCGACCAAGCCGUCCGUGCAAGACGUCUACCUCAACGACGGCGCGUUCCAGGUGCCGCUGCGUGCCGGCAUCACCCUCGGCUCGAGCGCUGCGGCCAUGACGGCCAAGGCCUGCGACGGCGCGCUCAAGAUCUCUUGCGCCACUGUACUCGUGCGCAUCGCACCUGCCACCAAGUCGGAGGACGGUCUGCGCUGCUUGAGCCGCAAAGACGCCCCCGCGGCCGAGUGGGAGGCACAGCGCAUUGUGCUGCCGGCGCCAGCGUACGCCAGCCGCGCGUACGACAGUACAAGUGCGCGGCCCAGCGCGAUGGAAGAAAAGCUGUACGAACUGCGGCAACAGCGCAAGCCGCGGCUCGUGGGUGAACUUCUGCAAAGCACCCUGGCCGUCGACGCCGAGAGGCUUCCAGCCGUCAUCGCCAACCAGCUCGAGAAGAAGCCCAAGACGUCGCUCCUCGAUGUGCGGAGCAGCAUCUUUGUGUACCAGCCUGAGAUUGGCUUCCGCGUCGCCAUCGAUGGGCUGCACAACCUUCCGUCAAGCACGAAUGGGAGCUUUGUCAAGGUCCUUGCGAGCGUCGCGCCCCCCGCAGCAUUCUACCAAGUACAAAUUCUCGCUCAUUCUUCUGUCGACACGCUCUCUGCGCAGACACCACAGCUCACAGACGACGUGCAACUAACCGUGAGCUACGACUGGACGAGCGCAAGCUCGAGCCCCGAAUUCAGCGACGGCUACCACACCUACCGAGAUGUCGUGGCGGUGUCGUCGACGCCGCUUCUUUUGGUCUUGGAUGUGCGCUGCGUCAAGAUGGGAAAAUCCGGCGACUGGGCUUCGACGCCAUUCGGGUGGACGUACCUCAAGCUUUUGCACUCCGAGAGCGGCGGCAUUGCUCCCGGCAGCUUCCAGCUCCCCCUCUUUGCCGGCAACGUCACGCUUGACGUCUUGCAGCACGACCAGGAUUUGGAUUCGCUUGUCACGCAAGAGGUUGCCAAGAAGAAGGGACUGAUCGCGUACAUCCCAGGCGCGUCGCUCCUCUUGCGGAUCGAGGACGGCCAGCUGCCCGGCGUCUUUCCGACGCCCUUUACCACGAUCGAGCCCAAAGGAAUUCCCGCGAGUCUCUUGGCCAAGUACGCGUACGAUCCGGCAGCGAUUCAAACGCAGCGCAAGAAGAAACCUCUGACCAAGCUCUUGCCACCCAAGCGCAGUGAGCAAGAGCUCGAGAAGGAGCUCAACGUUGCGUUCGCCGACGAGAUGGGCAUCACCCACUACGUCUUCUAAAACUGGAUUUGGAAUUGCACAAGUUCCGGCUGGCUUCGCGAUCACCACGCGGUGCCAGGUGAUAUCAAGUUGAUACAAUGAAAGAAUGUGCUGAUAUGGU